CCGCCGCCGCAGCAGCAGCAUGGCGGGGCCCCGACGCCCGCUGCCCGGCUGCUACUGCCGCACCGCCGCCGCCGUGAACCUGCUGCUGGGCGUCUUCCAGGUCCUCCUGCCCUGCUGCCGCCCGGGAGGGGCGCAGGGACAAGCCUUGGAGCCGUUGCAGAACGUGGUGGAGCUGUGGCAGGCGGAGGAAGGCGAGCUGCUGCUGCCCGCUCAGGGUGAUUCUGAAGAGGAUCUGGAGGUGCCUUCUCAAGAACAGAGCUUCUCUGAGAAACUCUUUGGUGGAAAGGGCUUGCAUUUCCAGCCAUCAGUUCUGGAUUUUGGGAUUCAGUUCCUGGGGCAGCCUGCAGCCAAGGUUCUCUACGCUUACAACCCGAGCCGGGAGAGUGAGGUGGUGGUGAAUUCCGUGUUCACAGCUGCACGACAUUUCCACGUGCCUCCGGUUCACUUCCGGGUUAUUCCAGCCAUGGGGAAGACAUCUUUCCGGAUUAUUUUCUUGCCCACCGAAGAGGGAAGCCUUGAAAGCUUUUUAUUUAUUAAUACCUCCUCCUAUGGAGUCCUGUCCUAUCAUGUCUCUGGAGUGGGCACUCGCACAACCUCCUUGGAAGGGUCUGCGAAGCCGCUGCCCAAUGCUUCCUUCCUGCUCCCCCAGGUCCAGAGCAUCCGGCUCUCUCCGUCACAGGCAGAGACCACUAAUACCAGCCUCUUGCAGGUACAACUGGAAUGCAGUUUACACAAUAGUGUGUGUCAGCAAUUCAAGAGCUGCUCUCUAGAAUCUGAGGAUGUAUUGCGGCUACACAUGAGCCUAAUUGUGACCAUGGAAAACACCUCAAAGGAGUUGGAAGAGGACACGCAAGACCUGUUGGACCACCUCGCCAUUGUCUAUGUUGCUACAGACAAACCUGAGACCUCAGGUGAUUCCACUGUGAAUAUGUAUGUGCUGCAUUCAGGAAACAACCUUCUGUGGAUACAGGACAUACAUCAUUUGUCGCAGAGAGAGGUGCUGUCGCUGCAGUUUGAACCAGUUCUCUUGCCUACUUCUGCAACCAACUUUACAAAAAUUGCCUCUUUUACUUGCAAAGCUCCGUCAUGUGGAAUGAAAGAAGAUAUGAAGAAAACAAAGAACACUCCAACACUAAAUUCCUGCCUUGCUGCACCUGUGGUUCAUGGGUACUUCAAAUUAGACAUGUCUGCUGCCCAGUUUCACUUAGAGACUCAUGAGAACACAUCAGGAGUUUGGUCCCUCUGGUACCUCAACCAUUUUGACAGUCCUGUUGUGCUAAAUGAUGUCUUUGUUUCUAGAGAGACCAAGCACAUUUUAAAGAUUCUGAAUUUCACUGGCCCUUUAUUUCUACCUCCAGGAUGUUGGAAUAUCUUUUCUUUGAAACUUGUUGUUAAAGAUAUUGCCAUAAAUCUGUUUACCAAUGUAUUUUUGACUACAAAUAUAGGUGCCAUUUUUACAAUACCUCUACAGAUUUACUCUGCACCAAACAAGGAAGGGAGUCUGGGGUUUGAAGUGAUAGCACAUUGUGGCAUGCAUUAUUUCAUGGGAAAAUCAAAAGCAGAAAAUCCUUGCUGGGAAGGGAGCCUUUCUCUGGACCGGUCUACCUGGGAUGUAGAUUCGGAACUUGCAAACAAGUUGUACGAAAGAUGGAAGAGAUUGAAAAGUGGUGGCGUGUGCAAGAGGAAUGUUUUAGGAAUGACUCGCUUUGCUCACUUGAAGAAAUCCAAGGAGCCAGAACCCUUUGUAUUCUUUCUGCCUCGCCUGCCUGCUGAGCCCGGACUAGUAUUGAACUUUGGUGCUACUGCCCUCAGGAACAGCGUGGUGCAGUACUUGGUGCUGAAGAACCCAUCCUCCUGGCCGCUCUCUGUGCAGCUCCUGCCGCUGUCCUCAUAUCCUGUGCCUGAGGCUGCAGGGCGCCUGCUCCAGAAGUGGUUUGGUGUUGACAUGCAGAUGAUAAAUUUUACAACUAGUGAAUUUCGGCUUACCAGAGCUUGUCCUUACCGGGGCUCUCACGCAGAAGGGCCCGGUGUCACCAGCCUCAACCUCCACCUGCAGCCUCUAGAAACGAGAAGGAUUGGUGUCGUCUUCACGCCUGCCGACUAUGGGGCGGUCACCUCACUCCUGCUGAUUCGAAAUAACUUGACUGUUUUCGACAUGAUUGUCAUGGAAGGAUUUGGAGCCAGAGAGUUGCUGAGAGUGGGUGGAAGACUUCCAGAAGCUGGUGGCUCCCUCCGGUUUAAGGUGCCUGAGUCCACACUGAUGGAUUGUCACCGACAGCUUAAAGACAGUAAGCAGAUUUUAUCGAUUACCAAGAACUUUAAAGUUGAGAAUAUCGGGCCACUCCCCAUCACUGUGACAUCCCUGAAAAUUAAUGGCUACAACUGCCAAGGGUAUGGAUUCGAAGUGCUUGAUUGUCACCAGUUUUCCUUGGACCCAAACACCUCCCGGGAUAUCAGCAUCGUAUUCACUCCGGAUUUCACGUCAUCUUGGGUCAUCCGUGAGUUGACCCUGGUCACAGCUGCCAACCUGGAGUUCCGUUUCACACUCAGCGUGACGCUGCCGCACCACCUGUUGCCUCUGUGCGCCGAUGUGGUCCCAGGACCCAGCUGGGAGGAGGCCUUCUGGUGGCUCACGGUCUUCUUCGUCAGCCUGUCCCUGAUGGGGGUGAUUUUCAUCGCCUUCCAGCAAGCUCAGUACAUUCUCGUCGAGUUCAUGAAGACCAGGCAAAGGCAAAAUGUUAGUUUGGCAUCACAGCCAAACGGUAACUCCACGGAUCUUCUCAGCUCCCAUUCACACAAAACCAACUGCAAGAACUUUCUUGACACCUACAGCCCCUCCGAUAAAGGCCGAGGCAAACUAUGCCUUCCAGUCAGCUCUACGCCGCAGAGCCGCGUCCAGAAUGCAGCCAGGAGGAGCCCAGGCACCUGUGGUCACUCUCAGAAGAAGCACAAAUGCUCAGUGUAUUACAGCAAACAGAAGCCCAGCACCUCUGUGCCCAGCAGUGUCAACCCUGAGGAGAAGAACUCGGUCCUUGGCAGCCCCGUUUCCCCUCCAAGAGAGGACGGGUGCGCUGAGAUUCUGGGGGAGAACUGGGUAAACCUCAAAUAUAUAAGUGGCCUCGAUGGCAGCCUGCCCAAAGCUCUAACCCUCCCCAGACACACACUGCUUAAGGAAGAGAACACACUGAGAGCUGCAGUCAGUGUGAGUCCUCCUCCGAAUUCCCUCCCUACAGAGGGAGCACUCACCUCUAUGUUUCCUAAGGAAACGGAAAUGCACCUUUCAGAAAACCUCCCUGAACCUAGGGAGCGGGGCGAGUUUGCGCCCCUGAAAUCGUCUAAGAAACUACCUGAGAACCAUUUACCAAGAAACUCACCUCCGUUCCAGCCUGAAUUGCCAGAAAUGUCCAGGAAAGACAAUGGGAAUAACCAGCAAGUGCCAGUCAAGACCGAAGUCAAUAAUUGUGAAACUUCGAGAAAGGGAGACGCAAAGUCUUGUUCAGAAAAGAAGAUUUCCAAAAUUUGUAAAGAAGACACAGGUGUUGACAGACAGGACUUGCCCUCGCUGGAGCAAGAAGAUUCCUGUAGGAAGAAGAAACUUCAGGAGAAAAAAGAAGGGAAUUUACAAAGUUUAAACUGUAAUAAAAAUCGAAUGUGUAGAAAAAACAAGAAAAGAGGCGCUCCUCAACUCUUAAGGCCAUUGGAACAGACAGAAUCGAAGCUUGUGUACAGUGAAUUUGAAAAGCCUGAGCCAAGUAGUGCCAAUGAUGAGCAGAACUGGGCCACACAGGAAAACCGGGUGCAAGUGGGGAAGACAGAUGCCAACACGGGUACCAUCAGUCCCACGGCGCAUGGUGAGGCAGACCGCAUGGCCCUGCAGCCACUGAGUACUGAGAAGGCAAGCUCUGACUGCAGCAGCUCCUCAAGCAGUGUGCGAGCCAGCAGGGGCAGUUGGGGCAGCUGGAGCAGCAGCAGCUCUGACGGGGACAAGAAGCCCCCCAUGGUGGGUGCCCCGCACUUCCUGCCAGCUGGAGAUGGUGCUUCGCCUACCGACUUUCCCCCAGAAGCUCCCCUCUCCUUGAACCUUUCUCCAGAUGUCUGCGACUCUGAAGAUGUGAACAGUUUUCCACAGUGCCCAGAGACCCCGUGCCCUGGCCUUCCCACCGGGCCUGUGGGUGUGGACGAAGAGAAAGGUCUCUACCAUCCCGGAGAUCUCUGGUCCACGCAGCCUGUGUGUGUGACAAGUGGCUUCAACUGUACCCUGGACAGCAGCCUGCCUGGUGUCCUGCAGGCCCCUACCCCGGUUCCCGCCAGCAGUUUCAUUGAUUGGAAUUCAGCUUGCGAAGGCCAGUUUCCCAAUAUGUACUGUCCAUUGGACUUGAACGAUUACAAUGCCUUUCCGGAAGAAAACAUGAAUUACCCCAACGGCUUCCCUUGCCCUACUGAAGUGCAGACUGACUUCAUCGACCACAGCACACAGUCUACCUGGAACGCAGCGCCCAGCAUGCCUGCCGCCUGGGGACACGCCGGUCUCAUCAGUUCUUCGCCCUACCUCACGAGUACCUGCAGCCUGUCUCCAAUGUCUGGACUGUUCGGCUCCAUCUGGGCCCCACAGAGCGACGUGUACGAGAACUGCUGCCCGCUCAGCCCUGCAGCGGAGCACUCGCCGCACAUGGAGAACCAGGCAGUGAUGUGCAAGGAAUACUACCUCGGGUUCAACCCGUUCCGCACCUACAUGAAUCUGGACAUAUGGACUACACCUGCAAACAGGAACCCCACUUUCCCGUUAUCAAGGGAUUCGAGCUACUGUGGGAACGUGUGAAAAGAAUCAGAUUUUUAAACAAUGUGAAUAAAAAGGCUUGUGUUACCAUGACUAGAGUACACGAAUUGUGAAAUAGAUACAACAGUGGGUGGAUAUUUUGGCACUUUUAUAUGAAAAUAAAUUCUUUCUUUUUUUUUUUU